GGUGUGCGCGGUGAAGGAGGACCACAAUAUCCAUCGAGUGGUUGCACCAAUAUUUCAUUACGAAUUGAUUUUUAACAGUGGUAAAAUAAAAAUAGUAUCUCGGUAUCAUGGCUGAUUUUCGUUCACCAAAAAACAACAGCGAGUGUGAGAAGGCUUGGUUUUCGAAAAAAACUACCCCACGGAUAACACCAUACAGAGUGGAUUUAACAAAAUAUGAGGGAUGGCGAGAUUCAGUGCUGGGGGCUCCGCGUCGACUUCUUGUGUCUCUUGGCAGCUUUUCAAGAACCGCGUCACCAAGCCCAGCGAAGGAAGAUCUACCAAAGCUCCCGGUACCGGACCUCGAAUCUACUAUGCAAAAAUACCUCGCCCAGGUCGAAGUGAUCGCCCCGAAGUGUUGGGAGAAGACCCAAUCUAUAGUGAAAAGUUUUUUGGCAGGACCUGGUCCCAAGCUUCAGCAACGCCUGUUGGAUCGUAGAGAGCAGACGAUAAAUUGGGCAACAGACCUCUGGCUCAAAGACAUGUACCUCUCCGUUCCUCUGCCACUGCCCAUCAACAGCAAUCCUGGACUGGUUCUUCAACCGAAGAAAUUCACAAAUCAACGAGAAGCCGCCUGCUUUUUAGCCAAAUUUUUAAACGGACUAUUCGACUAUCAAGAACUAGCGGACAGGGACGAAUUGCCAGUAGAGCGGCUGAGAUCAACCGAUGGAAAACCCGGACAACCUUUGUGCAUGAUGCAGCAUUACAAGCUCUUUAGCAAAUAUCGUCGUCCAGGAAAAGAAUUGGAUGAGCAGCUGGUACUGGACAGAGCAUCGUCCGGUAAUCACGUCAUCGUUGUAAAUCACAAUCAGUUUUACAGCGUUCCGGUAAGGGCUUCCGACAGAGGUCGUUUGACGGAGGCAGAAUUGACCCAACAAAUUUUAAAAAUAAUGGAAAUACCAGCUGACCCGAGAACGCCGCCGGUUGGAGUAUUGACAGCAGCAAGAAGGCCCUUUUGGGCAGCCGCAAGGGAGGAAUUGGCCAAAAACGAUUCAAACAGACGUAAUCUGGAGCUGCUGGAGCGUUGCUUGUGCAUCAUUUGUCUCGACGAUGACGUGCUUCCCACCACGUUCAAUGACUCAAUUGGUAAAAAAAGGGAGGUCGGGCACUGGAUCGGUGACAGAGACGAAACGAACCUAUUCCAUCACGCGUUGCAUGGCGGGGGCUCGAGACACCUGGGGGCCAAUCGUUGGUACGACAAAACGCUACAAUUCUUCUUGGGUAAGGAUGGAGCUUGGGGAGUGAAUUAUGAACACUCAGCGGCCGAGGCACCGGCAGUAUUUGGAAUAAUCGAAAGCAUCGAGAGCCAGAUAGCCGCGAUGUCGCCACCGGAUGAGAACACCAUUCCCAGUCAUCUUCCGGCUCCGGAAAAGCUGGAAUGGCAGCUGUCCGAGCAAAGUUUGAAUGACAUCAGAGAUGCGAUGACUUCGUUCGACGCAAUGGUCGAAGACCUUGACCUCUGCGUCUUUCACUUUACGGAGUACAACAAGGACUUCAUAAAGUCCUGCAAAGUCAGUCCGGACGUCUAUAUCCAGCUAGUUUUGCAGCUGACUUACUUCAGACUGCAUGGUACCUCGGUGGCAACUUACGAGAGCGCUGGGCUUCGGAGAUUUGCCUUGGGGAGGGUUGAUUGCAUCCGAUCAGCGAGUGUCGAAGCACUGGCUUGGGCCAAAGCGAUGUGUCAAGGUGACCCUGGUGACCAACCUCCGCUAUCCGCCGUGCAGCAAGAGGAAGGCGCCAAAAGAGACCAAAAGAUACGUCAGCUCUUUGAACUCGCUGUCAAACGCCAGACCAAGGAAAUGAACGAUAACGUUUCCGGUCAUGGAAUUGACAACCACCUUUUGGGGCUACGCGAGUCAGCAAAACAAGCCGGCGAUCCAGUUCCGGAGUUGUUCACGGACGAGGCUUACCGAAGAAUCAACCGUUUUGCACUGUCCACGUCACAAAUAACCACGCUGAACGAUAUAAUGGCCGGAUAUGGACCGGUAGUUCCAGAGGGAUACGGCUGCGCCUACAACUUCCGGAAAAAUGGUGUAUUAUUUUACAUCUCCGCUUUUCACAGCGACGGCCGUACAAGCACGUCUCGAUUCGCUAAGGCUCUUGAAUCUAGCCUGCGAGCAACAGCCGCCAUGUUACAGGAUUCCCCCAAGUAAUUUAGCAGGAAGUUCAAUAAUUUCCAUGUGCAAAAAAAUGUAUGCCGCGAUUUCCAGGCUCAUUCGGCAUACGGAGUAUGUUGUUCAAUUGCGGAUCGGUUGGAAAUUGCCGAACUUGAAAAACCGUCUCUAUGAACGGAUACAAGGAUAGUUAUCUGAAUUCAGGUUUUAGCUUUCUUUUUUAGUUAAUGCAAUUUUAAAUGCAAGAAGAAGUACGAGAACAGAUGUAUAUAUAUAUAUAUAUAUAUAUAUACACACAAUAUAUAUAUAUAUAUAAUUCAGCUGUGGAAUUGGACCUCGUAUUCGUGACAAUUGUAACAAUGAAGUUGAUAAAUACCAAUUUUCUUGGUUGGCUGAUAUUUUUCAUUUUAGUUUAAUAUUGACGCAUCGUCGUUAUCCGAGGUAACCACGAGUAUCUUCUCAUCCUCGUAUUGAAAGGCAACUGUGGAAUAAUAUGUUUAUCAGAACGUCAAUUAAUGUAAUUUAUAGCCAAUCAACGAUAUCACUAUUCAUAUUCACGCGUCGAGUUGUAGGGAACAGAAAAUAAAUGUUGUACGGUCUCCGUUCAUAGCUGAGUGAACGCGUAAUUAUGCGAGAAACGCGGUUACAUCUGAUCAGCCGAGUGCGUAUAAAGACGAUCGUUAAUUCACACAAGUUCCUUCCACGAUCAUUGGUGAAAACAGUAUAUUUCGUAACAUUUCGUGGGUAGGUACAUUACAAAAGGUAUAUCUACCGAAUGAAAUUGGAGUGUAUAUAAAAGCAAAGAAGAGAGAAACGAAAAACGGAACAAGAAGAACAAGCUUAUUGUUAGACCAAUAUUAUUGUAACCUGAUACAUAUCAAUGAAAGUAUUUAAUCUGAAUAGAACUGAAUAAGUAUUAACGGAUCUAUAAUAUAUUAUUUAUUUAUUUCUUAUGUAAAGAUUGUUGGUGGAACAAACAUUUAUAAUUAUAUAGAAAUAAUAGUAAAUAUACAGAUAUAAUAUAUAUAUAUAUAUAUAUAUAUAUAUACAUAUAUAUAUACAUAUACAGAUAUAUUUAUAUAUAUACGUUAUAUUAUCGGCGAUGCAAAUUAAUAUAGUAGUCGCAGCGUGUAGCAGGCAAUAUAGGUUGAUUGUUAUUUUAGCUGUUAUCUAGUCUUUCAAAAAAAACUUUCGAGCUCUCGAAAUUCGCCGAUCUAUUGUAAUGUCCGAGAAAAACGGUACGUAAUUCCAUCGAAACGAACGAUGAUACUCCGUGUAGAUGUAAUAAAAAAAAUUACCUACAAUCGGGAUGUCUCAAGAGGUUUGAAAAAGACAAAAAAUGCAAAUGAAAAAAGGAGUUUCGUUUAGGCAGAUAUCACGUACUAAUGGUUCGGUCGUAAUUUCAAGAGCUCCAAGAGAUCUUGUCUAUUGCAGCAGCGUUAAGUGUAGCCAAUUAACUUGAUUGGCGCCCGCACAGUAAACUCUUGUCCAAUUCUUAGGUAGGUUGGCAGAUCGAAUCUUAUCCGUGAUCGCGAUCUCCGACGGUAGCACUAUUCUCUGUCUAUCACACUGUGUAAGCGUAAACGUAUGUCACGUAUCACUGUUCUUGUAAAGUUAUACGAAUUUACUCACUACUCAAGCCUGUAGGUCAACUGCAGUUAAGACGAAUCGGUUCGAUUAUAACAAGUUGUUAUUUAACCAGAAUAUUUGUGUCUCGUAAAUAGGUGCUGCGGAAUUUUACAAUUAGAUUAGGUUGUGUGAUAUUGCGAAUUAUAUGACACAGGCGUGUUUCGAACGGUCGACGAAUUACGUCAUGUUUCGUAACUUUGUACGACGUUUACCUGUUAAUUAUGUUAUCGAUUGUAUAUUUAAUUCUAUACACAUAUAUGUAUAUUUAUAUUUAUAUUUAUAUUACUGAUUUGUUAUGUAGGUGAAAAAAAAAAACACAACACAUUAUUCUAUAACACGAAAUUCUGUUCGUGCAGAUUUAAAUUUUACAUACUGCAUUGUUUACCCGUAUCAAAACAUUGUGGUAAAUUUCGAUUAGAUACCUACAUUGUACGUUCAGCUCGAGGGUCAAAAUUACCGUUCUUAUUUAUUGGAGUAUAUUUAAAAUCUGGAUUUGUUUGAAAGAAACGUAUACUGGGAAUCUAGUGAGUGAUUAAAGAAUACGAAUCUACCCUGAGCUAUCAAAGACGUAGAUAAUAUACCUCAUCUAUGUAUCUGUUAAUAUUUGCGACGGACAGAAGCGAGAUAAUUUAAAUGGUUUUUAUCAUAUUGUGAUUCUAUCAAGAUUGCUGUGACAUUUUGUUGAAUACCAUUAUCGCACAGCAAAACUUCGCGUUAUAACGUAAAAUGAUACUGUUGAUGAUCUGUUUGAAUUUACUGAAAAAUAUUAAUUUAUUCGACUGUUAUAUUUAUUAGAUAUAUCUGUCUAGAAAAAAAAAAUUUAUAAGACAAAUGUUCCUCAUAUAAUCGAACUAUAAACGAUUUGCUUGUAUAUCAUGGCUGUAUAAUAGUUAUGCAAUAUAGAUUAUAAUAUAAUACACACUAAUACACGGUGUAUGCGGUAAUAUAUCAGUAGGAUAAUGAUGAGAAAGCUCUUAUACUCUCGGACGAAGAGUGCGACAACGUGUACUUAAAUUACAUUGUGUAGAUCGCAAUGAAGGCUAGAAAUCAUGUAUUGUCGUAACGGUUAAAGUAAUCGAUGUUCAAAUAUUACCCAGCUUUUUACAUACAUAUCUAAUAUCGUGCCGUCGAAUGCGCAGUAAUAAUUUGUGAACAGUCUGCAUAAGCCUUGCAUCUUCGUAAAUUCUACAUUUCGCCUGGCUGCAGUAAUUUGUUGAUCCUAGUCGCGGUGAAAAAUGCUAUAAUACCAAAUCACGAUCGUGAAAAUGAAAAACAUUAAUUCUAUCAUUAAUAAAUGAUCCCGAUUUUCUAUACAUCUAUUUCUCACAGACUGCAGCUUGGCAGUUAUGAAUUAACAUUGCGUUACGAAUUCCACACACAUUUCCGAUUGUUGAACAAAUAUAUUAUAAACUUUCCACAGCACUGUGUUGAGAUCCGACGUGAAACUCCUAAACGAUAAGGUCUAAUAUGUGCGAUGCACUAAUUUCGGCCUGUAUGACCGCACUGAUUUGACAUUUAUUGCUAGUGCGAAAAAUUUAUACUGAAACGGUAUUUCAUCACCCGUCUAAAAAGUACCACACUUUUACAGAUUCACGGUGGAUUUUUCCAGAAAUAUUCCAGAAGUAAAUUAUAAAAUUAUACAAGGAUGACUAAUUUUAUCAGUUUGAUGAGCAAAUUUAUUUCAAUGUCAUUGUAAUUUUUGGAAAUUUUAUUUAUUUAGCUGUUUUUCGUUUUUUUUUUUUUUUCUAAUUUUCCAAAGAAAUUCACAAAAUUUAUAACGAAAGAUUCGCUCAAAUGUUCUCACGCUAUAAUAGAAUUAAUCAUCUGCCGCUUCUUUACGUUCUUCUGCAACGUAUUUGAAGUUUCAAAACAUAUUUCGGAUUUCAUACGGAAACGUGGAAAGAAUUUUAUUUUUAUCUGGAAUUUCGUUUGAUCACGUGAAUUGAAAAGCUACAGCGUUACAUUGUAAUUGUAACAGAAGCGCUGUAACGUAUUACGAAAAUGGUCAAGCCGUAUAUACGUAGAUGUCUAUAAUAGCUAAGAGCAUGAGCUCAGAUAAAACGAUAGUCCUUAAAAGAGAUACCAAAUACAUAUCGCUAAUUAUUAUUGUAAUCGCUUCGAUGCGGCCAGGAAUAUCACGUACAUAUCAGGCGUAAAGCCGUUUCGUAUCAGUGAAUAAUUCUAUUACCUAGAUUAUACCAAUUACCAAUUAGAGUAUAACUGUACGCUAAUGUAUUAUUGUGAUGAAAGGGAGUGUGAAAUUCAUAUUCAAGUGAGGAAAUCAACGCAACGUAAGUAGUACGUCAAUUAAAAAAAGAAGAAAGAAAACGAACAUCAUUUCUUAAGUGAAAUACACUUCAAGUGUGGCAUUUGUUGCAUGUGGAAAAUCUGCAACUCACUGCAAUACAGUACAUUCAGAGUUCUUCGUUUAAAUGUUUAGUAUUUUCGCUUUUACAGGUUUCUAAGUCUUUUCAUUUUCACACAAGACCGUCAAUAUUUUCGUAAUAAAUGAAGCUAUGCAAAAUAUUUUCAGACCACACUCAAACACGCUAUUAAAUGAUCAUUGCACUAUUGCACGAAAGAUAUUUCGUUGAACAGAAAUAGUGAUAUUCGAAAAAGAGUUGCAAGAUUUGUCGUUUUUUAAAGCGAACCCAACGCAGCUUCACCUUGUGAUAAGUAUCCGUACUGUAUUCUCACUGAAAUGUAACUCGCACGUAACCACUUCCUGUUUGUACAGAAAGUAUACAAAUCAUACCUCUAAGAAGUAAAAUAUAUGAUAUAUACAUAUACAUGAAUGUACGCCUAUAAAUGUGAAUAAAGUUUGUUGCAGUAUUUAA